AGAAUUCAAAAUCUUACUUGUGGUGUUCUUCCCAGAAGAUCAAAGUCAACAGAACUCAGCUACUUGUAGAAGAAGAAAGGCUACUUCUUCUGUAACUAACUGUUUAUGCAAAUCCAAACACAUCCCUAACCUUAGUAACCUAUAAAAACACCCCUCUCCUUCAUCUUCUUCCCCAUCACGAUUCAUAAAAAAUCCAAUUUCAUAACAACCAUGUCCAUCUCCAACCUCCUCCUACUUUUCUCUCUCCUCCUGCCAUUCAUCGCUUCUGAAGCUCGAGAUCUCCACACAAUUAAAUUCCGAUCACCGGGACUUUACCCCGAAGGCUUAACUUACGAUCCUUCCUCCCAACACUUCAUCGUUGCAUCGCUCCGUGGAAGCAACACCUUCCUCUCCGUCUCCGAUGCCGGUGUCACCGAAACCCUAACCCAAAUUUCCACACAACUCCCUUUAAAUUCAACAAUUCUCGGGCUCUCCGUCGACCACCGCAAUCGCCGUCUCCUCGCCGCCGUCAAUUCCGAAUCCAAACCUUUUCUCGCCUCCUUCCACCUCCACCGCUCCUCCCUCGACCUCCAAUUCCUCUCUCCUCUUCCUUCCUCCGGUAUCGCAAACGGCGUUGCUCUCGACCCCUUCGGAAACGCAUACGUCACUAACUCCGAGGAAGACUUCAUCUGGAAAGUUGACCAAAACGGCACCGUCUCUGUCCUCUCAAAAUCGCCUCUCUUCACACAUUAUCCAGUAGAUCGCACCUCACCGUACUCCUACAGUGGGCUCAACGGCGUCGUUUACGUGAACACUAAAGGCUACCUCCUUGUCGUCCAGUCAAACACCGGAAAAAUGUUCAAAGUUGACACCGUUGACGGCACCACAAGAGCUGUUAUCUUACCGGAAGACUUACAGUUAGCGGACGGUAUAACCGUCAGAGAUGACGGGGUCGUGGUGGUAGUUUCCAUGAACAGCGCGUGGUACUUGAAGAGUGACGACAGCUGGGCCCAAGGGGUUGUAAUUGACAAAAUUGCCCUUGAUAAAGAAGGGUAUCCCACGUCAGUGACAAUUGGAGGUGGAGGGAGGGUAUAUGUGGUAUAUGGGUAUGUUCAGGAGGCUAUAAAGGGAAAUUCGCAGGAGAGAGAAUGGUUUAGGAUUGAGGAGAUUCGGUCCAAGAGCGAGGAGGAAGAGAGUUGGUUGUGGCCAUUUUUGCUGAUUGGGCUGGGCUUGGCUUAUUUUGCUUUUUGGAGAUUGCAAAUGGGCCAACUUGUUAAGAAUAUGGAUAGAAAACGUGUUUAGGUUGGGCUCUUUUGUACUAUUUAUUUUUCAAUUUUGUUUCUUUUAUUUACGUUUUCUUUUUACAUGUUUGACACUUUAUUGCUCGAUGUAGACGAAUUUGAUUUUAGAUUUUGACAUUUAAUUAACUAAACUAGUUGUCAUCGUGA